AUGUUUGGCAACAACGCUGGCGCCAACACCGGCUUUAGCUUCGGCGGGACGUCCAAUGCCCAGAACACCAACACUGGAGGCAACCUUUUUGGUCUGAAACCGGCGGGCCAGACUGGGGGGCUUUUCGGCGGCAACAACCAGACCCAAAACCUGGGGGGCGGCUUAUUCGGCAACAACGCCAACCAAACGCAAAAUAAUACCUCGACUACUGGCGGUGGUUUAUUUAGCAACAACAACAAUAAUCAAGCCAAGCCGGCAGGAAAUCUUUUUGGCAGCAACACUCAGUCCACUGGGGGCGGGCUUUUUGGCAAUAACAACGCCAACAAUACCGCUAACAAUACCACCAAUCUGGGAGGAUUAUUUGGCAACAACAAUACCAAUACUCUGGGUGGUUUAUUCGGCAACAAGCCGGCAGCCCCAGCGACUUCUGGCGGCUUAUUUGGCAACAACACCGCCAACACCGCCAACAACACUGCUACUAAUACCCUGGGCGGCCUCUUUGGCAACAAACCCGCUACUACCACCACUCUGGGAGGGUUGUUUGGCAAUAACAACGCCAACAACACUCAACUGGGCACGACGCUGGGGGGUUUAUUUGGCAACAACAACAACAACAACACCACCACCAAUACUGCCAACACUCUGGGAGGUCUUUUCGGCAGCAAACCGGCCACCACCACUACCGGCGGGGGUCUUUUUGGGAACAACAACUCCAAUACUUCGAGUACUACUGGUGGUGGUCUCUUUGGCAACAACAACGCCAAUUCGUCUACUACUACUAGCGGUGGUCUUUUCGGCAACAAGCCGGCGACUACGACCACUGGUGGUGGUCUCUUUGGCGGUAACACCAACACCGCUCUGCUGGGGGGUCUCUUUGGCUCGAAGCCGGCGACUACUACCACCACUUUAGGAGGACAACAGCCGGCGCAACAACAAUCAUCGGGUCUUUUCGGUAACCAAAACAAGAACCUGGCGGCUCCGUCAUUUGCCUGGACUCAGCCUCCGGCGGCCGCCCAACCUACGGCCACUGCUACCACUACUGCCCCACAAGUGGUCCACACAUACACUCCAGCAAUCCGCGACCAGCUCGAAAAGAUCAAGGAACAGUGGGACCCGUCGCUGCCUAAGUGUGCCCUCAAAACCCAUUUCUACAACAUGUGCACCAACGACCAGGAGUUGGCGCUUCGAAUGCAGCGACCGCCUAAUGAGCUCCCUGAAGACUGGGAUGACGCCAUGCACCAUCGCCCUCUGGAUCACCUGUAUCCGGUUAAGGUGACCAGUAUUGCCGAAGUGGCCCAACGGAUCGAGGCCCAAUUGGAACAUGUGACGAGACUGCGGCUUAUUUUGCAGCAGCUUAACGCCAAGCAGGAGCAGUUGCUGUCAAAGCACGAUUUGGACAACGCCACUCGGAUCCAAAAGGCGCGGGCGCGGCACACCACGCUUCUGCGGCGGUUGUUGCGACUUGCCACCGUGCUUGCCAUCCUUAAGCUUAAAGGGUACCCGCUUUUACCUGAGGAAGAAGAGAUUUCGAAGCAAUUUGAUACUCUCAACGCCAAGUUCACCGACCCCAACUCGCCGAUGGCGAAGCUUUCCGAUAUUUCGGCACGGCUUGUUCUUCUCAAGGACCGCGCUAAUGACCUUAACGACCAGUUGACCGCGCAACUUAACGAGACCCUGACUGGCUUAGACCGCAACGGUGUCAAGAAGGACGAGGUGGCCACCGACGAGAUCAUCGCCAAAAUCUCGAACGUGUUGCUCCAGCAACAAGUGGGGUUGAACUACUUGAACGAGGUGGUGGAGAAGGAUACUGCCACAGUGGACAAGAAGAUCAAGGCGAAGUAA